AUAGAUAUCUGGUUUUACUCCACAGAAUUUUGUUGACACACACACACUGACACACAUACACAGCAAAAGAUUGCUGACGCGACCCUUGUUUGAUCUCUGAUUGGCCUCCUCCGCUUGUUGUGGGCGUGGUUUAUUUUUGGGAGCAGGAGUUUGAUGCGUUCACUGACAGCACGAAGCGACGCUGAGUGAAUGAAAAAAAUGGAGAAAAAGCCGAACAGAGAUGUUUAAUUAGACCGAAGACCUUAUCAUUUUGAUAAUAAAUCGUGGGUAAUUAUCUUUGGCUCAACCUCAGACUCUCUACAUUGUCGCGACUUUGUUUUUAUUGUGAAACUGGAGGAGAUAGUGGUUUUUUUUUGUGGGCUCGCGACCGGAAAAUGAAUUUAUGGUACAGUUGUUAAAUGGAGCAGCAGCCGUUGGUGAGCUCUGGAAGCGGUGAGUCGUCGUCUGGAUCAGACACUUUGUCCGAGGGAGGAGAUGUGUCGCCGCAAGUGGACAUCAAAGUUUUGGUGUCAGAAAAUGUCUCCGACAUCGAAGCAGAAGACGGUAGAAAUGAAGAGGCCGACAAGGAGCCGCCUGAGGAAGAAGAAUGUAGUGAAGAUGAAAACGAAAAGUUUGACAACAUCCUGUACCCUCCAUCCAGAUCCCUCAGGAAGUUUAGUAACCCAGAGUUGAGCCUGAACUUUGGAUUCAGCCCUGCUUUCAAACUGAAACGGCAACUCAGUGAGGAUGUUAAACAUCUCCGAAGGAGGAGCCUGGGGGGUGGCCUCACUGGAAAAUACCUUUUGCUGCCCACCAACCCCCAGCAGGCAGUAACAACAUGGCAGCUGUCAUCUGAGAUCCAUAAUCUGCUCCGUAUGUGCUACCAGAACCUCGGAAAGUCUGACCCCUCCCUCACAUCCAGCCUGAAAGAGCUGAGUCUACCGAGAAGAGGCAGUUUCUGCAGAACAAGCAACAGAAAAAGCCUGAUUGGCAGCGGACAGUCUUCAGGUUUACCACGACCCCACUCUCCACUCUCAUCACUUACAGGAACAAGCCCACAGGACAGUCCCAGAAAUUUUUCUCCGAGUGCCUCUGCUCAUUUCUCCUUUGCACGAAGUCAUUGCUACAGAGCAGACAGAACUGAUGGUCGCCGUUGGUCCUUGGCUUCGCUUCCCUCCUCUGGCUAUGGCACCAACACACCCAGCUCCACCAUCUCUUCAUCCUGUUCAUCACAGGAGAAGCUGCACCAGCUGCCUUUCCAGCCGACACCUGAUGAACUGCACUUCCUCUCCAAGCACUUCUGCACCGAGAGCAUCUCCGGAGACGAAUGUCGUCGAGCAACAGCCAUGCGGCCGCGCUCACGCAGUCUCAGCCCUGGAAGAUCUCCUUCGUGUUAUGACAAUGAGAUUAUUAUGAUGAAUCACGUCUACAAGGAGCGUUUUCCGAAGGCCACAGCUCAAAUGGAGGAGAAGAUUCAGGAGAUCAUCAGCAACAACUCGACAGACAGCGUCCUCCCUUUAGCAGACGGCGUGCUCGGCUUUGCUCACCACCAGAUAAUUGAAUUGGCCCGUGACUGUCUGGAGAAGAGCCGCCUCGGUCUCAUCACCUCCAGUUACUUCUGCGAGCUCACCGACAAGCUGGAGCGCCUCGUUCAGGAAUCCACAGAGAGGUCAGAAAGCGAGGAGGUGAACUUCAUCAGAGAGGUGGUGAAGAAGUUCCUCAUCGUCAUCGCCCGACCAGCUCGACUGCUGGAGUGUCUGGAGUUUGAUCCGGAGGAGUUCUACCACCUGUUGGAGGCUGCUGAGGGACACGCCAAAGAGGGCCAGGGCAUCAAAACAGACAUCCCACGUUACAUCAUCAGCCAGCUGGGCCUCACGCGAGAUCCUCUCGAAGAAAUUGCUCAGCUGACGAACUGUGACAGUGGCAUUGCAGAGACUCCUGAGACGGAUGACUCUUCUCAGAGCCUGAGCAUCGCCUGGCGGACCCGCCGUAAACCCUGUGAAAUGGACUUUGAGAUGACAAAACUCAUCAGUAACGGUGCCUACGGAGCUGUUUAUCUGGUUCGACACAAGGAAACAAAGCAGCGGUUUGCCAUGAAAAAGAUCAACAAGCAGAACCUGAUGUUGAGAAACCAGAUCCAGCAGGCCUUUGUGGAGAGAGACAUCCUCACCUUUGCUGAGAACCCUUUUGUAGUGUCCAUGUACUGCUCCUUUGAGACACGACGACACCUGUGCAUGGUCAUGGAGUAUGUGGAAGGGGGAGACUGCGCCACCCUUUUGAAGAACAUGGGGCCACUCCCUGUAGAUAUGGCCAGGAUGUACUUUGCAGAAACAGUUCUGGCUCUGGAGUAUCUCCACAACUAUGGCAUCGUCCACAGAGACCUCAAACCAGACAAUUUGCUCAUCACCUCCAUGGGCCACAUUAAACUGACAGAUUUUGGCCUAUCCAAAGUGGGGCUGAUGAAUAUGACUACUAAUCUGUACGAGGGACAUAUAGAGAAAGAUGCCAGAGAAUUCUCUGAUAAGCAGGUUUGUGGAACCCCAGAGUAUAUUGCUCCAGAGGUCAUUCUUCGGCAAGGCUACGGAAAGCCGGUGGAUUGGUGGGCUAUGGGCAUCAUCCUGUACGAGUUCCUCGUGGGCUGUGUACCCUUUUUUGGAGACACACCAGAAGAACUGUUUGGGCAGGUCAUCAGUGAUGAAAUCAACUGGCCUGAGGGAGAGGACGCGCCGCCUGCCGACUCUCAGGAGCUCAUCUCGUUGCUGCUCCGACAGAAUCCUCUGGAAAGGAUGGGCACAGGUGGGGCUGCUGAAGUGAAGCAGCAUCGUUUUUUCCACAACCUGGACUGGAAUGGACUGCUGAGACAGAAGGCUGAGUUUAUUCCUCAGCUGGAGUCUGAGGAUGAUACCAGCUACUUUGACACUCGCUCUGAGAGGUACCAUCACCUGGAGACAGAGGGAGAGGAUACAAACGAUGAAGACUUCAAUGUAGAGCUGCGGCAGUUUUCCUCUUGUUCGCACAGAUUCUCUAAGGUUUACAGCAGCCUGGAUCUGUCCCGUGGGCACCUGGAGGAGAAAGGAGAGAUGGAGAAGAGUGAGAGCCCACCAACUGUGGACUCACUCAGCUGGACUCCAGACUAUGCUGAAAUGUCCUCGCUGUCCCACUCCACAGACACAGAGGGCACGAAUCAGGGUCUGCGCCCAGGCCUGCUACCAAAGUUUGCCAUUUCAGCUGAGAGUGAAGGGGAAGAGACAUCAGGCCUCGGUGAACCCAGCAAAGCCUCCUCCUCCUUGGGAGAGCUGUUGCCAGAUGAGCUUGACGCCACCACGCCCGGCAGCACACACAGUGGAGCCACACUCUCUGGAAGUUUCUCUGAACAUUUGGACCAGCUGACCCCGAGAGGUGAGGGUGUGGAGAGUCCUGAAAGUCCCAGCAACACAUCCGAACAACAGAUCGCUCAGACGACCUCUGUGCAGCCUAACUCUUCUGGUGAGAAAACUGGACCUGGUUCCAAAGUCCCAAAGUCUGUCUCGACUGGUGCCCUCUCCCUUACGAUACCAGGAGAUAUCUUUGGGGUGUCUCCUCUGCCCAGCCCUCUUUCUCCUUACUCCCUCUCCUCAAACCCUUCCUCGAGAGAUUCUUCACCAAGUCGAGACUCCUCCCUCUGUACUGCCAACUUGCGACAGCCUGUCAUCAUUCACAGCUCUGGGAAGAAGUUUGGUUUCACGCUGCGUGCGAUCCGCGUGUACGCGUGUGACAGCGACGUCUACACAGUCUACCACAUGGUGUGGAACGUGGAAGACGGUGGACCUGCCCAAAAAGCAGGACUCAAAGCUGGAGACCUCAUUACUCAUGUAAACGGGGAACCAGUUCACGGUCUGGUCCACACUGAAGUGGUGGAGCUCCUGCUCAAGAGUGGUAGCAAAGUUGCAAUCUCCACAACCCCCUUUGAAAACACGUCAAUAAAAACUGGCCCCGCCCGGAGAAACAGCUACAGAAGCAAAAUGGUUCGAUGUGCUAAGAAGCCCAAGAAGGAAAACAUGCCAGAAAGGCGGCGGUCUCUCUUCAGGCGUUUCGCCAUGCAGCCGUCUCCUCUCCUGCACACAAGCCGCAGUUUUUCCUCUCUGAACCACUCCCUGUCGUCUGGUGAGAGUCUCCCCGGCUCUCCGACUCACAGUCUCUCUCCUCGUUCUCCGACCGCAGCCUUUCAUCCAACACCAGAUUUCAACCAGUCGGCUGGCACCUCCUCUCAGAGUAGCUCUCCCAACUCCAGCGCUCCAAACUCGCCCGCAGGCUCGGGUCACAUACGUCCCAGCACCCUUCAUGGUCUCGGCCCCAAACUACCAGGUCAAAGGCUUCGUCAGGGACGGCGCAAGUCCGCCGGCAGCAUUCCCCUGUCUCCUUUGGCUCGUACUCCUUCACCCACCCCCCAGCCGCCGUCUCCUCAGCGCUCACCUUCUCCUCUUCUCAGUGGACAUUCUGUUGCUGUUUCAAAAACAACCCAACCCUUCCCCGCCAAGAUACAUUCCCCACCCACAAUAGUUCGCCAUAUUGUCCGUCCUAAAAGUGCUGAGCCACCCCGCUCACCCCUCCUAAAGCGUGUUCAGUCUGAGGAGAAGCUUUCACCCUCAUACACAGGCGAUAAGAAGCACCUGUGCCCCAGAAAACACAGUCUGGAAGUGACCCAAGAGGAGGUCCAGGGGGAGGAGCUAAUAGCCGGAGACCAGGAUUACGCUGUUCUGCAGAGCGUGGAAGAGACGGCCAGUGAGCCGCUGACCGUCACACGUGUACGACCUGUUGAGCAGGGCUGCUUGAAGAGGCCAGUCACUCGAAAAAUGAGUCGGCAGGAGUCUGUUGAGGAGCUCGAUAAGGAGAAGCUGAAGACCAAGGUGGUUGUGAAAAGACAAGACUGGUCACAAAAAAGGGAGUCUCUGCAGAAGCAAGAUGCCCUGUUUGAAACAGACUCCAACCCCUCGUGUGGUGAUGACGGAGAUGAAGGUUUUCUUCUCAGGUGUCAAACCAAAUUGCAGAGUAGCCCAGAGUGUGUCCCCGUGGAAGCCAAAGCCACCAGCAGCACCUUGAAGGACGUGCUCUAUAAGAAACUGAACACUCGAGUGUCUGAGGUUAUUCCUGAACCGUCUGCUGCUGUUGGUGAAAGUGAGGGCGGAUUCAGAUCAACCCUUACUUCAAGUCACUCGGACUGGCAGCAUUCCAGACCGAACAAAGACAAUAUGAAGCCAGACCGACUGGACUUCAAAGCUCCCAGCAUUGAGUUUACCAGGAAGAGAUUGUCCUUUGAAGAACGAGAAGACUGCAUGUGUCGGAUGUCGUCCAGCAUCCACGAAAACCUCCACUUUGGAUCUAGCCGGUCUAAAAGCCUCCAGCUGGAUACGGUCAUGUCCCCUGACUAUAUGAAGGGAGGACCAGGAAGUGUUCACUCCAGCCCUGAAGGUCUUGUCCCAAAGCUCUUUUUGGGUAGAGGAGAGAGUGCCGUGGAGAAACUCCAGCUCAUUUCAGCAGACGCUCCUCUUCGAAAGACAUCAUCGGAAUAUAAACUCGAAGGACGACUCGUCUCUUCUCUCAAACCUUUGGAAGGCACACUGGACAUCGGGCUGCUCUCUGGGCCCAGAAUCUCCAAAACUGACACGUGUUUAUCCAAGAUGGCAGAGAACACCAGCAGCAGUAUUUCUACGAGUCCUCCACUGUGGCUCCAGAGCUCCAGUGAGAGACAGAUAACCAUCCCCAAACUCAAAUCUGCAGACAAACUGAAGAGCCCGCUGGCAUGUUCCCAAAACUCUGAAUCCGGCUUUCCUGCAACUCCCACACUUGUGUCCAAAGUCCAGUCUGGUAAUUUAACCGCAGAGGUGAGCAGCAGUUCAAGUGGUGACAAACCGCAGGAUAAACACAGCGACUCAUUAAACAGCAACACGUCCAAAGGCAACACCUCAACUUUUACAGUGAAGCAAGAGAGCAGACCUGGUAUGAAGGCCAGUUCAUCACUGGCUCAUGAACACAGAGGUGCCCGUCAUACCUCCCACUUCUCCUCCUGUGGAAAAACACCGUCUAUACGGGAAGUCAGCAAUGAAGAUCAGGAUGAUGAAGUGGAACAGCAGGAGGUCACAGUGGACACUGCUGCUGCGCACGGUUUGACCUCGGCAAAGCCGGAGGAAGUCACAAAAACAUCCUCAACACCUGCGCAAGUGGAGAUUCCAGUCAGAGCUGCAGAGGAACAGUUCACCUUGACACUGAAGCCCAGUUUGAGCUCGCGAUUGGUGACAGAACAACUUCAGAACCGCGAGCAACGAGUCCCCAUCGUAGAGGACAACGUCUCAUCUGUUCAGGUCGUUUCAGCACAGCAGCAGUCACACAGCUCGUCUUCACACGCAGAACCACACAGCCCCUUCCACGCGGCUUUGUCCGGUUCUGUGUGUGAAGACAAAAGCUGUAACGUAAAAGUAGAAACACGCGACUGCAGCGGUAAAGACGUGUCACAGUCUGCAAAGUCAGCAGUGCUUGUUGCCAGUGACUUGGCUGGCUCCUGCUCUAAAAAUGAAGUGUUAUGUGCCGCAGCAGGUAAAGCGGAGCCGAAGGGAGGGGCUUCCAGCCAAACACUGAAUACGGUGACCUCAUUAGACGAUGUUACACAAGGCGCACUGAGUUUAAACAAAAAUAAAGGCAACACUGUGUCUGUUGGAGUCGAGAGCAGUAACUUAUUGAGGCAGAAGAACGAUGAAUCCAUGAAGAACAGAGGUGGUUCGAAGAAGCCUGAGCAGCUGCUGUCAGUCACCUGUCCAUCAGAAAAAACACCGCACAAAUCAUCCAAUUCACAAAACCACGUCAACACUAAAGAAAGCGUGAAUGCAAACACAGACCUCUCUGCAGCAAAUCAGGGAGGCUCGGCUUCAUCCAGCGCAAGUGAAAAGGCUUCAAGUCCCAGAGGUAAUUCCAGAGCUGCUGCACAAACUCCAUCACAUGGCAGCGUGACUGCAGAGAGAGAGAGGAAAUCAGCUGAAGCAAAGUCGCAUAAUUACGUCUCUCCACCCGCACCCGCUAAGAGCAGUCCAAACUCCAAACGUCGAGGUUUGGCUAAAGACACUGUGCCCUCAAGUUCAACUGCUCAAGUAGCAAUCCAGGACUUGAAACAGCACUCACUGCUGCCCUCUGCAGGCUGCUGUGACGUGAAGCGGGAAGAAACGGCACCUCCGACGCAUUCUUCCGUUCAGCCUGCCAGGGAAAGCACAGAUGUCAAGCAAAGAGAAGCUCAGCCCAAAGGCUCUGUAGCAACCGCAACUCGCCCCCUUAAAGUUACUGAGUCGAAGCUAAAAUCCCCCCUUCUGAAAAGUGUAUCCUCAUCCUCCUCUCCAAAGCCCGCUGUCGCUCCGGCACCCGUUGUGAAACAGAGCGUCGAUGCCAAAUUCAAAGAUGCCCUGCCCAAAACCCAAGCACCAGCUGUCAAGGACUAUCAUGAGUCAAAACCAAAAGACGUUGCUUCACUUCUGCCGCGGUCAGAUGUUCCCGCUCAGCUUGAAGCUCCAGCGAUGUCGCCAAAAACUGCAGCAAAGAAAGACGCGCGUUCGUCACACAGCGCCAGCUUUACAGGUGGCAUCUCCUGCUGCACCCUCCAUGAGCCCGUUGCCAAAGCGCCCAAGGAAGGCUUCAGACCGGACACUCACAAAGGUCCUGGCGCAAGUGACUCAAGAGCUGCCACCUCUGACAAACAGGUGACUUCCAGCUGCAAGGAGCAGACGGAGAGGAAGAAGGACGCUGUUCAGGAAGCAACGUCGGUGCAGAAAAACACAAAAAAGGAAAUGUCAAAAGGUGCUUUGUGUGUCAGUAAAGAUGGCGCCGGUUCAGACAAAGAUGGUGGUCGGUGCAAGCAGCAGAAAGAGUCGCCUCGUAGUUCGGGUAACAAAAAGUAACGAGGGCGCGGAAAUUAGCUGCCGUGACUCCAACAGGUAAAAACAAAAACAAACAGUUAAUAUUGGGCUGUUCUGAGGACCGAGCAAGCUGUUACAGUGGGUCACUCUGACCGAGGUAGGUGUGUGUGCGUGGGUGUAUGUGUGUGUGCAUUCAUUGAGGAUGAUGACUCCUUUCAUGUCUGUAGGCCUGAAUGUAGGCGAUCGUUUGUUGAUUACUUCUGAAAGUGUCAAACUUUUUUCAUCAAGUGAAUGUUCCGGCGCGUUGUUGUUUCUGUCGGUAGCAGAAGGCAUUGUGCAAUCAGUGACAGGUGGGAGGAGCCUUACCAAGGCAGCGAUGUACUUUAGAUUCAGUGCCAUAAAUGAUUUUUUUGAAUUGCACUCUACGAGGCUUCAGUGCCGCCGGACUUUUAAUGCAGUACAUGACGCAGCUUAGCUUAGCCAUUUAGCAGCAUAUGCGUGUUUCUGGUCAGUAUAAGCUGAAUUAUUUUAGUGUUUUGUGCAGUAAUACACAAAGGGAGCACACUACGCCCUGCGCGUCUCACCUAAAACUUUAAAAAUGCGGAAUCAUCUUGGCAGUUCACGAAUCAUAAUUAGCGACAGGGCCUUAGAAUUAUGGGAAACGAACCUUGCUGUUCUUAGCAAGGCGUGGUGUUAUUCACAUUCCUCCGACAUCUGUACAUAUAUCUUUGAUUUUUAUGCAGUAUGGUGUAAAUAGAACACUGUAAAACGGGGAUACACGGGCUGACAUGAUUGUUGUUUGUAUUAUAUGUAUAGAUUUUUUUUGCAGUGUCAUGUUUGUAUGCUCGAUAGUAGAAAAACUGUGUUCCAUUUGAUCAGUCAGUGAUCUGAAGUUAAGCUACUGUGACGUGUUUUCUUCUCCCUGUGACUUUCACAUAUGACUACAUGAUCCAAAAUUAAUUUGAACACAGAAAGAAAAGGCAUAAGGGGGAACCAGACUAUUUUUGUAAAAAA